AUACGUUUUCUUCUAAAUCUGAAGUUUAAUUAUAUUUGUUUUCUGAAUCUCACACGUUUGAUACGUUUCAUUUUCUUUUUUUAUUAACUCUCAUUCUAUUAUUGGAACUAGAAACAAACUAUAUAUAAAGAGAAACCAUUAAGACCAAUGAGAUAUUCUUACAUCAUAAAAAGAAGAAGAAAACUUGUAGCGUAACUUUUUUUUCUUUUCCUCAUGAAGACUUCUCAACGUCAGUUAUCUUCAUCUUUCACUAAACUCUACGAGAGACUGUCCUCAUUCAGGAAUGGUGAGGACAAUAUAAGAGACUUAGAAGCUGUCUUUGCUUACAUGGAUGCAAACAGAGACGGUAGAAUCUCUGCAGAAGAGCUUAAGAAGAGUUUCAACACAUUGGGAGAUCAACUUUCUGAUGAAGAAGCUGAAGCUGCUGUUAAACUAUCUGAUAUAGAUGGAGAUGGGAUGUUAGAUUUUGAAGAGUUUUCUCAGCUAAUCAAAGGGAAUGAUGAGUUUACAGAGGAAGAGCAGAAGAGGAAGAUGAUGGAAGCGUUUAGGAUGUAUAUUGAUGAAGGUGAAGAUUGUAUUACUCCGAAGAGCUUGAAGACUAUGCUGAUGAAGCUUGGUGAGUCAAGAACGAGUGAUGAUUGUGUAGUGAUGAUCAAGGCUUUUGAUCUUAAUGAUGAUGGAGUUUUAAGCUUUGAUGAGUUUGCUCUUAUGAUGAUGCGUUAAAGAAUCAGCCCAUCCAUUGUUGUUGUGGCUUUACUUGUUGUCAAGUCUUUUUCUGUUUUUCUUGUUUGUUUGCUGGCUGUAAUUUGCUGUAAAUAUGGACUUUGCAAGCAAUA